AUGACAGUAUUCAUAGAAAUUAUAAAAGAAUAUAUUUGUCAGAUUCAGAAAUAUAUUUUUGAGAGGUUGAUCAUUAAUAUUUCUCAUAAGAUCAAAUUUAUUGUUUUCUUAAAUAUUUAAAUAAAUUUAAUAAAUUCAAUAUGGGCGAACAACAAUUUGAUUGCGCUUUAGAUCUGAUGAGAAGAUUACCCCCUCAAGAAAUCGAAAAGAAUCUGAGUGAUCUAAUUGACUUAGUUCCUAGUUUAUGUGAAGAUUUACUGUCAUCAGUAGAUCAACCUCUGAAAAUUGCUCAAGAUAGAGAAAGUGGCAAAGACUAUUUACUCUGUGACUAUAAUAGAGACGGAGAUUCAUAUAGAUCACCAUGGUCUAACACAUACUAUCCUCCUUUAGAAGAUGGAUCUAUGCCUUCAGAACGUUUACGUAAAUUAGAACUUGAUGCAAAUUAUGCAUUUGACCAAUAUAGGGAAAUGUACUUUGAAGGGGGUGUUUCAUCUGUAUAUUUCUGGGACUUAGAGCAUGGUUUUGCAGGAGUAAUAUUAGUGAAGAAAACCGGCGAUGGUAGUAAAAAGAUCAAAGGUUGUUGGGAUUCUAUACAUGUAGUUGAAGUACAAGAGAAGAGUUCUGGUCGGAUGUCACAUUAUAAAAUGACAUCUACCGCGAUGCUUUGGUUACAAACUAAUAAGCAAGGUUCAGGUACUAUGAAUCUUGGUGGUAGUCUCACUAGACAGACAGAGCAGGAUGCUCCAGUAAAUGAUGCUAAUCCCCAUCUUGUCAAUAUAGGACGUAUGGUUGAAGACAUGGAAAAUAAAAUCAGAAAUACUCUCAAUGAAAUUUAUUUCAGUAAAACUAAAGAUAUUGUCAAUAGUUUACGUUCUGUUCAACCUAUUUGUGAAACUAAACAACAACAAGCUUUAAAGCAGGAUUUAGCUGCUGCACUACAAAGGAGGCAUACAAAAGUAGAAAAUUAAGAAUAAAAUAUUCAUUAACCAAAAAUUAAAGAGAAAUGACAAGUUCUCCCUUAAAAGUAUAUAUAAAUAAAUUUCUUCUUUGCAUCAGGAAGAGCAAAAACAUAAAGUAUUUAUCACAUAAACCGCAUCUUUCAUAAAUUCAGUUUUUUACAUUUCACUUGCUUUUUCAUCCACAGUUGUUAAUUUUUAAGGCUUAAAAUAUUUUAUUCAGCUUAUCCUUAAAAGGUUAUGGUUUUUUGUACUAAUUAUCCUUAUUAUAUAGUAUUUUAUAAAACUAUUUUAGUCUCAAUAUUUUCAUAUUAUUGUAAUGUUAUAUUUUUGAUUACAUAGUAUUUAUUUCA